GUUUUGGAUAAAACUUUUGACAACUCUUUGAAUGAAAUGAUAAUCGCUUUGAAAGACAAUUAAAAAUAACUGGAUAGCUAUGGGAAGUCAUUGGCUGGACGUGUGGAGGAAUCUUCGGGAGCAGAGGGACCCCGACUUUGAUAAGGCCCGGGAUGUGAAGACAACGGAUUAUCCCAAUUAUGAUGUGAUCCAAGACUAUGAUCAUCGCCAGGAAGUGCUCGAAGGCGCCGGUCUCUUAGUUGGCGCAGGCUAUGGCUUCUUCGUGGGUCUGUUUGUUGGUCUGCCGUACAGUUCAUACAAAUAUAAGAGGUUGGGCUAUAGAGACUACAAACUGAUGGAGAGAUUGUGUUUUCCGAUGAUUAAGAGUGCAGUCUUCGGGUCAGUGGUAGGGCUGGUCAUCGGCGCUGUUCUGGAGCUGAGACGGGAGGGCCGGCACGUGAGGGACGGCUAUUAUAAUGCCAAAGUGGGCACUAAAUCCACUCAAAGCUAG